AUGUCCGCAGUCUUUACGUGUACGAAUCGCCAGUGCCUUAAAUAUGCACACGCUGCACAUUCCGUUCGACCUUCUAGAGCAGAACAAGAAAAGCUGAUACAGUUAGCUAAUGACACUCAUGACUUGCAUAGUCGAAUGUCAACUACAGAAGAUACGGAUGAGUUGCAUAUUCUCUACCAAGUUUUUCAACUAUUCUUGAGCGCACUGAAAAAAUGGAGCACUAACAUAGACGUCCCAUUUGGUGUACCCAAAUUUGAGAGUGUUUCGGCCUACAACAUAGUUACAAAUUUUGCUGCUGCAUCGGAGUCUACGGAGUUCGUCGAUUACAGUACCAAGCAAAUACAACAUAAUCUCCACCUAUCUUCCAAACUGUUGUCGUUGAUGAACACGUGGAAGAUACCACCUCCAACAGUCUUUCAUGAUAUGGUACCAAAGGUUGAUCGCGUGCAAUAUCGCCUGUUUUAUUCACGAUGGAUGUACUACGUGAUAUUACCACAGCAGUUCAAAUCGCUGAAACAAUACGAGGCGGUCGAGAUCUUCGGUCAAAAAGGGCUCCAGCUUUACUUGAAGUUUGUUCUGAAUCAGGUGGAGCGCGGCGAGUUCCAGUGUGGAAGUAAAUUGACUGCCGCUGACCUUAUUCCUUUCAUGGCAUCCGUUUUGAGCUAUAUCGAGAAUCCAACUAAAACAAUUCUGAAACUCAAAGCCGCGCUACCAGUAGGAGUAGAUCCUCCAAAGUACACUCAUCACAAUGACAGAGAAGUCUCGUGUGAAACACCGCCAGAUGAUAAAGAAGAGGAGAAAUUGCCAAGGAAGCGAUCAAAGUCUGAGUCAGUGGUGUCAUCAGAUUUGUUCGUAAAAACACUCGUGAAGCUGGCAAAUGAUGCUCAAGAUUUCACCGAGGAUCCAAUGGAUCCUUUAGACGCAAUAAAUCUGGACGUAUGCCGUGGUGAAGCAGCACGAAUGGAGGAGAAGAAAGGAAUUAUUGAAUUCAAAGUUAUUGGAAACUCGCUGGAACCCUUCCAAAGUCGCGAAACAAUGGUCCAUUUGCUGCAACUGCAAAGUCUGUUCUCAGUUCAGCUUCCGAAAAUGCCGAAAGAGUACAUCACUCGGCUUGUAUUUGAUGAUAGACAUAGGAGCAUGGUACUUCUCAAGAAAGGCAAGGGCGUCAUUGGCGGCAUCUGCUUCAGACCUUUUCCAACACAAGGCUUCAUCGAGAUUGUGUUCUGUGCCAUCACGGCGAAUGAACAGGUGAAAGGUUAUGGUACUCACCUGAUGAACCACUUAAAAGACUACCAAGUUCAAUGCGGGAAUUAUCAUCUCUUAACCUUUGCAGAUGAGUUCGCCAUCGGGUACUUCAGCAAGCAAGGGUUUUCUGCGAAUGUUGAGAUGCCCAAGAAGCUCUACCAAGGAUAUAUCAAAGAAUAUGAAGGCGCAACACUUAUGGGAUGCCAACUCCAUCCACAAAUGCGCUAUACGGAGUUCUCUUCGUAUAUGAAGUCUGUCCGUGAUAUACAUCAAGCCAUGGGAGAGGUGAAAUAUCCGAAUAAAACACGAAAAUAUGGUGGAAUUGAGCACAUAUUUCGAGCGCACGCUGGUGAGGGACUUAGGUUCAAGGAUAUACCCGGAUUAGAAAACUGUAGUGACGAUGAGAGGACAGAAAAGGAUAGCGAGCUGGAGAGCAAGAUCAGGACGAUCUUGAAGAGACUCAAUGCUGACAAAUGGGCUUGGCCGUUUUUAGCUCCAGUAGAUGCUGAAAUGGUGCCUGAAUAUUACGAUUACAUAGAGUAUCCAAUCGACUUGAAGACUAUGGGUGAACGUCUGAAAGCAAAAUACUAUGUUCAUCAACACCUUUUUAUUGCUGAUCUCUGCCGGAUGUUUGCGAAUUGUUACAGCUUUAAUGGGGUGGAAACCGAAUAUUAUCGUUGCGGCUACCGAUUAAACAAACUGGCCUUUGAACUGGUAACCAAGUACUUCCCUGAAUCUCCUCUGAAGCCAGAACUACCGAGCUUGAAACCGACCCUUGAUGAGUGAUGUUUGUAAGUUCUUGUUGGACGCAUAAUAUUAGAACUGUUUACUAAC